AUGAGCGUGCGAUAUACUCGACCGGCUUCGCGUCCAAGUAUAUCAUCUCACACGUAUAAUAAACGCUCAGGCGACACUCGAGCCCAAGACGCGUCGUUUACGGCCGAAACAUCGUUUGUGCAUGCGCCGCUCAACUCGCGAGUGCAAAAGCCAACCAACAAUGAGCGCGAGAGAGCUCCUCCCUUGCGUGAUAUGCCGCUCGAGGUGCAAGAGGCUAUCAUACUUGAGGAUCUGCUCUCCGUGCUAUUAGGCAUCGAUGGGACAUACAUUGCGAGAACUGGACCAGAGAACCGCUCAAUUUACUGUCGAUUCUGGACUCGAUCCUGCGCUGAGAGAUCUGGUGGGCAGGAUGCUACCACUAGCGACCACCACUACUGCUCUUGCGUUGGUUUCGUCGAGGCUCGUGCUCAUAUCGAGUUUGGAUCUGUUUGCCACGCGCUCUGUGCUGCUGUCCGAUCCGUGCUAAAGGACUAUACAACCCUAAUCACCCAAUUGGAACAUCUCUUUCAUACCUCGCCGGCGUUCUCUCUACAACAGCUAUGGUUCCAUGUGCACCCGGUCAUGCGCACACUGUCGCUCAUCCAUUCCGUCGCGGACGAUAUAAUAUCUCCUCCCACCGCUUCCCUCAGUCCCUCGUCGUCUGCGGCGUCUGACGAGGAAGAGGACGAAGAAGAGCGCAAGAAGAACGAAGAAUUAGGGCUGGGCGGAGUCAAGGCCGUCUUAAUGGGGUUGGCGUUGGCGUUGAGAGCGGGCAAUGUUCAAGGCGGAGAGGUCCUUGGGAUACUUUGGGAUAGAUGGGUGGCCAUGAGUGGAGAUCCCCCUGCGUCGGCUCUUUUGCGCAAAUUAUUGACUGCUGCAUCGGCCCCCUAUGCUCAGAUUCUGAGGACAUGGACUCACCACGGAACUCUUCACGACCCGCACGGAGAAUUCUUUGUUCGCGCGAGGGUUGGUGCUGGCGAGGGAGUAAAGGGAGGCAGAGGGACCCGCGAAGAUUAUACGGAUGAAUAUUGGGAGAGAAGGUACACGCUUCGUGACGGCUCUCACGCCCCGCAUCCUUCCACAGCUGCCAGCACCGGCCAGUCCGUCUUAUCCGCUCCCCCUCCUCCUUCAGCGCUAGUCCCUCGACCUCGUGUACCAGGGGGUCGUCUUCCAGGAGGGGCUUGUGUCCCUCCUUCGUUGGAAGGAUGGAAACACAAGGUCCUACUUGCCGGGAAGUAUCUCAACGUCGUUCGCGAGUGGGGAGGAGACGCGGCCGGAGUGAGGAUUGGCCUCAAAGAACUCGAAGAUAGAGCCAAGGGGAUCGCGAAAGACUCGGAAGGCGAUGAAGAGGGAACGGAACGUGCCGCCUCCCGAGCGAGUAACCGUAAGCCCAGGGGCUCGACUUCGGACAAGGCCAAACCCAAGGAUUCGGCCUCGAAUGACGGCGACACGACCGGUUCGACUGAUGGUGCGAUGGACACUCCCCCGUUUUACAAGAGCGUGGAAGAGGCGUAUACGUAUGCGAACAGGACGCUACUUCGAGUUUUAAUGGAGGAUCAAAUGCUGGUGCCUAGGCUCCGAUCCCUCAAGUAUUACUUCUUCCUGCCUCGCUCGUCCUUUCUCACUCAUUUUCUGGAUCUGGCCCAUCUCGAACUACAGUCUACUCGAGCUGGCGAUCAGCGGUCCCGAAGAACCAACAAGUUUCGGUUCAGCUGCGGUAGUGUCCGGAGUCGGGGCGUCGGCACCAACUCUCGACCACCGAAACAUGGCGACGCACCUUCGUUUCGUGAGGACGUAAAGAUCAGCAUGGCUUCGUCCGGACUCUACGAGUGGCUUCUCAAGGUCGUGAGCGUGAGCGGGGCGAUUGACGAUACGGGCGGAGACGGGAACGACGAACAGUUUGCGGCGUCUCGGUCGAGGAUUCCUAUACAUUUGAAACAUGUCGAACAGAUGCUCGGAGGGAUGUGGGUCGAACAGAUGCUUGGGGCUUGGCGCCACCCUGUAAUCACUCGCGCUGGUUCGGGACUAGAAAGUCGAUCCGUCAGUCGAUCCGAAAGCCGUGCAAGCCACCACUCGGGCCCCUCUUCCGCCCACCCCAAUAACCCAGGUGCUCAGAGUUCAUUACCCAACACCAUUCCCAACCCCAAUCAUCCUCACACUUCCCACUACCCUACGGCGCUCCAUGCCGAUUUCGAGCGCUGGCGUCGAAGGGUGUUCCUUCUCCGCGCCCGCAUGCUGGCCUUUGUCCAACAAAUACUCGCGUUUGCGACAUUUGAAGUGUUGGAGCCCAAUUGGAAGGCGCUGGAGAAACGACUGGAACGCGUAUCGACUGUUGACCAAGUACUAAGGGACCACGUCGACUUUUUGGAUACGUGCCUCAAGGAAUGUAUGCUUACCAGCGCGAAGCUUCUUAGGGUCUACUCUAAUUUAUUAGUUACGAUUUCCAUGUUCGCCCAAUACGCCUCGUCGUUUACUCGUUCUGCGCGAGACGUCCUGACUGCACUGGAACAAGAGGCCAAUGGAGAACCGGCAGCGAGGCCCGUGGAUAUGAAGAAAGAAUGGUUCUGUUACACUCGCGUCUACCAACCCAACCGCGAUCCCAUUGCUUCCAUCUAUGCUAGUAUGCCUACACAGGCGACUGUCCCUUUGGACACCACUUAUACGGCUGGCGCUACUCCCCCAGUCAGUGGAGCACCAGCAUUACCUACCCGUUCCGCUAUCAUUCCAUCCAACUACCCUGCUCUUGAUCAAGUUCCCCCUAUCAAUAGUCCCGAGGUACAACAAUGGAUCAAGGAAGUCCAAAACUCUGGGGUAGUCAUUCCAGGGUUCGCGCCAACACAACCUGGAGGAUGCAGUGACCCCUCCAAUGCUGCUGCUGUCGCCAAUGCGAGUGCAAGCGGAACAUGCUGGUGGACUUGUGGUGGAUGCUCUCGUGACACAGAUAUCACUACCUGUCCUGACCAAAAAACCUGGGGUCUCUCGUUCGACGAUGGGCCAUCACCUUAUACUCCUAAUCUCCUUCAAUACCUGGACCAGCAGAAGCUGAAAUCCACUUUCUUCAUUGUCGGGUCUCGCGCUAUCUCCCGUCCUGAAAUACUUCAGACACAGUACAUGGGCGGCCACCAACUCUCCGUACAUACAUGGUCUCAUCCAUCCCUAACCACCUUGUCAACGGAACAAAUUAUCGCCGAGUUGGGUUGGACCAAGAAAGCGAUCAAGGAAAUCACUGGAGUAACUCCAAACACUAUGCGACCUCCUUACGGUGAUCUCGAUGAUCGUGUGCGGGCAAUCUCCAAGGCAAUGGGCCUGACACCAAUCAUUUGGACCAGUGCCGGUGGAGGCGAUUUCGAUACCAACGACUGGCAUGUUCCAGGUGGCCUCUCCGCCGAGGUAGUCUUGUCGUCCUUCGAAACAAUUCUUUCCAAAGCUAGCACCCUCAAUACCGGAUUUAUUGUCUUGUCCCAUGAUCUCUACCAACAAACAGUCGAUAUUGCUACCGGCUACAUCAUCCCCGAUGCUCUCGCUCGCGGGUUCCAGCUCAAGAAUAUCGUAACUUGCCUUAGGAAACCUCUUUCCGAGGCAUAUAUCGAGACAAGCAGUAACAAGACCAGUCCUGCUAGCACCGGUACCUUGGAUGUUAGCAGCUCAGGAACUCUAUCGACCUCGUCUACAGCGACCCCUAUUCAUGGGUCCUCUUCCUCUUCUUCCUCGGUAGGAUCCAAGAACAAUGCUCAAACUCAUUCGGCAAAAGCUCCUUUGGCUUGA